AUGUUACUGUCAAGCACAUUAUCUAGACCUGAAGUUGUCUGGGAAAGCACAUGGAAGUAUAUGACAGAUGAUUUUCUGUACAGAUUCUCAAAGUAUCAUCGUGUUUCAGGUUUAUCAAUUCCUGAUGAGCAACUAAAGAACUACGUUUUAUGCGAAAUAGAGAAGUUUUUAACUCGGAAUAAUUCAUCGCUUCGGAGAUUUUUAUCAAUGCCUUACCCGGAUACUUCAUCUUUAGAUAACUUUCGCUGCCGAUUGAUUAACGAAGAGCUUGCUUAUGACAGAACAGAGUUACAAAAUGUUUAUCAAGGUCAGGUGAAUUUGUUAACGGAUGAACAACGUGCAGUAUAUGAAGAAAUUAUGAACGCAGUUCAUGGAGACAAUGGAGGAGUAUUUUUUGUUUACGGUUAUGGCGGGACCGGUAAAACGUUUUUAUGGAAAACAUUAUCUGCUGCAAUUAGGUCAAAAGGUCAGAUUGUAUUAAACGUUGCAUCUAGCGGAAUUGCAUCAUUGCUGUUGGAGGGAGGAAGAACGGCUCAUUCUAGGUUUCAUAUACCUUUGAAUCUUAAUGAGGAUUCCGUUUGUCAUAUAAAACCAGACGAUGAUGUAGCUAAAUUACUACAGCAGACCAAACUCAUUAUAUGGGAUGAAGCUCCUAUGGUUCAUAAACAUGCAUUUGAGGCUUUGGAUAGAACUAUGCAUGACAUUUUCAAUAUAUCUAAUCCAUCCAGGUCUGAUGUUUUAUUUGGAGGGAAGGUGAUUGUAUUUGGUGGUGAUUUUAGGCAAAUACUACCUGUUGUUCCAAACGGUGGACGUCAAGAAAUUGUGAAUGCCUCAUUAUGUUCUUCUUAUCUGUGGAGUAAGUGUAAGUUGUUGACGUUAUCUAGAAACAUGAGGUUAACUGUUGGAAGACCAUCAUCUGAAGUUGAAGAGAUUAGUAAUUUUGCAAAAUGGUUGUUGGACGUUGGCGAGGGAAAUGUUGGUGGUUCCAAUGAUGGAGAAGCAAUAAUUGAAAUACCACCUGAGCUUUUAAUUGAUAGCAUAUCUGAUCCAAUUUCUAGCCUGAUUGAUUUUGUUUAUCCGUCAAUCUUGGAUAAUUACAAUGAUCCUAAUUACUUUAGUACAAGAGCUAUACUUGCGCCUAAGAAUGAGGUUGUUCACGAGAUUAACGACAGAUUGUUGGCAGUUUUCCCUGGUGAAGAAAAAGAGUAUCUUAGUUCUGACAGUCUAUGCCCUACUGAAGAUGGCAAUGUUGAUCAGCAAAAUAUAUAUUCUCCUGACGUGCUCAAUGGUCUCAAAGUGUCUGGUUUACCAAAUCAUAGGUUAGUGCUUAAAGUUGGCGUUCCAGUAAUGUUGUUGCGAAAUAUUGACCAACGAAAUGGUUUGUGUAAUGGUACAAGGUUAAAGGUCACAAAACUUUACAGCCGUGUUAUUGAAGCUGAGACAAUUUCUGGUGGUAAUAUUGGUUCUCGGACAUUCAUACCUAGAAUCAAUUUGGUACCUUCGGACCGAAAGAUUCCUUUUGCAUUUCAAAGGAGGCAAUUUCCAAUAACUGUAUGUUUUGCAAUGACGAUUAACAAAAGCCAGGGACAGUCGCUAUCUAAGGUUGGGUUGUACCUAAGACAACCAGUUUUCACACAUGGUCAAUUGUACGUAGCUUUAUCCAGGGUUACAAGACGAGAUGGAAUCAAGUUACUAAUACUUGACAAUGAUGGCAGGCCUACAAAUAAAACAACCAAUGUCGUAUAUAAAGAGAUAUUCAAUGGAUUGUGA